UUCUACAUAAAACGAAACAAAAUUCCCACCAAGAAACACCGAGAAAAAAAACAAGAAGGAAAAAAAAAAUGUCUCAAGCUCUGUCAAACCUGGGCAUUUUUCUUCCUCUAUCAUCACAGAAAAAAGCCAGUAAGUCUCUCAAGCUCCAAUCUUUCUUCAAACCGAUCGAAAAUGGAAGCUUGAGCCACAAGAAGCACAAGGUCAUGGCCAUGGCAGGGGAAACCAGAGACAAUCUCGACCACCUGCAGAGAGUCACCAAGCAACCGCCGCCAAAGAAAAGGACCGCCCCAACACCUCCAAUCGGAUUGUGGGACCGGUUUCCCACGGCGAGAACGGUGCAGCAGAUGAUGGAGACGAUGGAGAGUAUA